GAAACCUGUACUGUUGUCUUCCUCACCAGCAGGCAGGAAUUCGCAGGAGAUAUUGUUUUGUUGUUUUCGUGUCGCUUUUUAAAGUGUCUCGUGUCCGCUGGACGAGGACUCACUCUCGUGUCUUUUUGGACAGCUGCUGCACCGGUCUGUUCUUGUGUUGGGUGGAUGGUGUAUUUGCACGCUGGGUUGCAGAGAUAGAGAGAGAGAGAGAGAACUCAUUGGGAUGUGACCCGGGUGCAUCUAAUGUGGCUAAAAACUGAAAAAGAAGAAAAGCCAAUAAAACGAAGAGCGGAAAAUGUGGCACUUGAGUCGCUCUUGAGGAACUUCUCCAACCCCCUCAGCACAAAACGAUGACCUGAGACUGACUGAAGACAUUUUUACUUUGUUCUGCCACAAAAGAGUGAAAUGGUAUGAGCCAUGCAGCUUGAGGUCUUAGUAUUUUUGUGCAAAUGUGGUAGAUUUUUAUGCUUUUGAAGACAUCGGUAGAGGUGGAGACACUGAUUUAUUGACUGUUUUGGUGAAGAUGGAUAGAUGGAACAGCAGCCAGUGACCAGAGUGUUGGAACAGCUGCUGUUUUAGCAGCUGGACAUCUGGAUGAUCAAAGACAGAUAGCAUUUGAACGGACCAACAAAGGCAUGCUGGACAUCUGUAGAUGUGCAGUUGUAGAUAGCAGGAGUUUUGAGUUUUAAGCUUGCGAAAGUCCAGGCAGACAGGGUAGUUUGGACCAUGACUUCGACAGACAGCGUGGUGGUGAUGGAGACACACGUAGGAAAGCAGAAGGAGAAGCUGGCUCGAGACAAGCCCAAACCAGGGAAUGACAUGGAGGGUGAAGAAGAUAAAGUGCUUGGAACAUACGACUGCAGUAUCUGCGGACGCAGCUUCCCGUUCCUCAGCUCUCUGUCCCAGCAUAUGAGACGGCACACAGGUGCACGGCCGUACAAAUGCCCCUACUGUGACCACAGGGCAUCUCAAAAAGGCAACUUGAAAGUUCACAUCCGCAGCCACAAACUGGGCACGCUGUCCAGUCAUCACUCCAAUGAGGAUGAAGACUGCGGAGCAGAGGAGGAGGAGUUGAGUGUUUCAGAAGGUCUUGAUGGUGGGACAAGUCCAACUAAGAGCAGCUCAGCAUGUAACCGGAUGUUCAAUGGGCACCAUGCUGAGGACAGCCGCAGGAAAGUGCCCAUGAGGAGCAUGAAAAGAGAGAAGUCCGUGACUGAACAGCGGCCGUACUGCUGUCGUCUGUGUGGAUACGAGGCUCAACGAGAAGAUCAGCUCCUCAGCCAUAUUGAAAAGGCUCACAUCACAGCAGAACCAGAAGAGGAGGCCGGUGUUAAAGAAGAGGCUAUGUUGGAACCUGUUGUCAUCCAACCCCAGAGUGAUGGAACUUUCCCCUGUGAGACCUGUGGCCAGGUCUUCGCUCAAGCUUGGUUUUUGAAGUCACACAUGAAGAAGCAUGUGGGGGUCUUGGGGCACCUCUGCCGUAUUUGUGGCCGUAGGUUCAGGGAAGCUUGGUUUCUCAAAUCCCAUAUGAAAACACACAAUGCCAAGUCUCGGUCGAGGUCAAAAGCGGAAUCAUUUGAGCAUCCGGUCACGAUCAACGAUGUAGCACAGGAUCCUGAAUGUGUGGCAAGUUCUGUUACAUCAGUCUAUCAGAUGUGCUCCAAAUGUGGGAACAUUUUUCACAGUAAAGAGAGUCUGAGGGCUCAUGAUAGAGUCCACAGCCUCAACUACGACAGGAAAUCCCAGAGUCAGUGCAGGCCCAGCAGUGAUGAAGAAUCACCUGCUGCUAAGAGACGUUUCCUUGACUGCUUCAGUCUCCAGCCUGUGGAAGAAAAGACCGCUGAUGAAGAUGAAGAGGAUGGGAAGAAGAUGCUAGGUCAAAGAAUCCCAGAGCUAGAUCCAGUUUGUAGCUACCAGGCCUGGCAAUUAGCCACAAAAGGAAGGGUUGUGGAGCCAAUGGAGCCAAGUUACAAGGUUUCAUCAGGGGGAGGAACUAUGGAGGAGGAUGAUAUUGUUGGAGGUGCUGUUGUUUUUGAGAAGGAAAGCAGCCGUUACGUCCUGCAAGGCCAAGAGAAACGCAGCUCAGGCCGGCGCAGCAGCUCUGGGUUGGGAAGCCACACUUCAUCAGGAGACCGGACGCCAGAGAGCCUCAGUGACUCAGAGUACCGGCCUUUGUCUCGCCAGGAUCGACGACGACCAUCUCAGUCACAAACGUCUUCAAAGCCCAAUGAGUGUUUUGAGUGCGGGAAGGUGUUUCGCAGUCGCCACCAGAUGAUUGUCCACCAGCGGGCUCACAGAAAAGAUGGCGGAAGAGCAUCUGCAGGAGAUAAAGAAAGAACUGCAAAAGACGACCGAUGGGGUUCCACGAGUGAUCCAGAGUCAGGUUCCCCCAGCCGGCCCAGUACGCCAGGUUAUGGAGAUUCUCCACCAGCCUCUGCACUUGGAGAACAAGCUUCAGAGAUGGGAACAGCAAAUGCUGGAGAGCAUACAGAUGAGAAGCCGUAUGUCUGCAGCCUGUGUGACUUUGUUACCACAAAGUCCCAGAUCUAUCUGACUCACGUUCGUGUCCAGCACCCGGCUCCCCACGGCGGGAGACCGAGCCCGGUCCCCAGCCCCAGCUCCAGCUCCAGCUCUGACAGAGGCACCUCCCGUGGUUUCCCCAAGCUGAAGGAAGCCCUUCUUGAGGGCCUGAGUGAUGCCACGUCCACUUCAGCUCGGUCCUCUCCACUUGACCCCUGCAUGACCCCUGUGGAUCUGUGUGUGAGGGCUGAGGGCCUUAGGGGCUUGACCUCCUUAACCUCAGACAGGAGCAGCCUCCCAAGCCACAAGUGCUCCUUUUGUUCCCACUCCACCCAUUACCCUGAAGUUCUAUGGAUGCACCAGACGGUGGCCCACCGGAUCAGCAGCAGUAGCUCCAGUCUGGCACCUAAAUGGGCCCUGAAAAUUUGCUCUAAAGACCCUAAGGACAGCUUAUUAUCUUCCAGGAGACGCACUGGGCCACCACCAGUCCUGGAAGGGAAGGAAUGCCCACCACUGCCUUCAGCAACCCGUAUUCAACGCACUCGGCCCCCAAACUACUCCAGUGACGCUCGAAAAAAGCCAAACAGUCAGGCACCAUCGUCUUCAUCUUCUGCCUCCUCCAGGAGCUUCUCAUCCACUUCAGGUGUCCAAGCUGGAAGACUCCCGGUACGAGCAGCCGGCAGCACCAGACACAGGGAAGACCACAGUCAUCCACCUCGCUUCAGACCUAAGGUUGAUGUUUACCCUUGGGCAGGAGCACUGCCAUCCUCAAGCUCUUUGGAGAAGAGUAUUGGCACCUCAUCACGUUCAUCCGCUCCCAGUCCCAACUCAGCAAACAUGACCAGGAAGGCAGACCGCUACCUGAUGUCUCAGGAGGGCCUGGGCUUCAUGCUGUCCAGCAAACACGGUCAAGCAGAGUACGGCCGAGCGAGGGUCUCCACGUCCCAGCCACUACUUAACCCUCAGAGCCAGAGCCGGGCUCAUGCUGUAAGACCCAGCACCGUGCCGCCACACAGGUCUACAGCGGGACACAGCUACAGAGCCUCCCAGCCAUCCGGAGCCACUCUGCAGAAUUCGUCUUCGUCUUCUUUAUCUUCACAGUCAAGAGAAGAAGUGAAGCAAGAACCAAUUACAGACACACCAGAGAUGUCGGUGGACGUCCUGAGCUUCUUGAAAAACUACAGUCCCCAAGAACUGGCUUCGCUCUACCACCGAUGGGGUGCAGCCAACGCCUUAUUGGAUCCCACUGGGAUGUUGAGGAGUCUCACGCGACAAGGACAGUAUUUCUGUCAGGAGUGCGGAAAGACGUUCAAUCAACCCAGCCACCUGCGUACUCACAUGAGAUCGCACACAGUUGGGUUUGAUUUUAAUGGACUCCACAGAGGUACUGACGCUCACACCACCGCUUCCGAAGCUCCCAAACAAGGGAGAGGCCAUUCUGCUGCCAGCUCUGCCCAUACCGAGCCUCUCAGAAAGGGAACCUAAAGACCCACGUCCAGAGUGUCCACCAUAUGCCUUUUGACAACAGCCAGUACCCAGAAACAAGGAUCUUAGCAAUGGUCCAGGAGGAACAAGGACCACUUGUUGGCAAACACCCACAAACACCACAGCCAUAGACUCGCAGAAAAGUCUGUACCUGGACCAGACAACCAACAAACACCAUUGCCAUUCAUAUAAAAAAAGCAAAAAGCAAAACAGAAGCAGCACCCAAGAUGCCCCUGUUUGGUUGACAAGCUUGUGAAACCUCUUCAAUAGCCACCCAUUACUGACCAGUGAACCAUUUUCUACACUGAAGGUUCUUGACAUGUUUUUGAAGAUUUUAGGAGAAUUACCAGAUUUCUGAGUGUGGGGUGUGUUACCAUUUAUUGUUCCGCUGACUUCGCAAAGUUGACAGGCUGCAUUAAAGUAAAUACUGUAUGCAGUUAGCAUUAGCAUGUGCGGUCAUGCAUUAGCUUAUAGCAAGCAUGCUAACUACAGUUAUUGCUCACAUUUCGUGUUUGGGGCUAAAUGUGGUUAUGACUAUGGAUUGAUGCCAAAAAAUAGGACACAGUUUUUAUCCACUGAGAUUAGCAUAACCACACAUGCUAACCGCUAACAUGUGACAAGAUAUACUAAUUCUGACUAUGGUUUGCUGUUUUCUUUAACCAAUCAGUAAUCAAACACACCAUGUGAACCUUAUGAACGUUUACGAAAG